AUGAAACUCCUCGCCCUAAUCCUCGUCUUCCUACUCUCCAUCCUCACCACCGCGACCCCCCUCGCCCUCCCCUCCGACACCCCCGCCGACACCCAAGGCAGCAAGCCCAAACACGAUCCCCUCACCCAAACCCCCGCCCACGAACGCCGCGGCGUAGCCUACAACGACGUCGCCUACAACAAGCUCUUCCAAGGCGACGGAACCCACGUCACCUGGCGCUUCAACUGGGACUCCUCGUCUGCCCUCUCACCUGCCUGGUUCCGCUUCAUCCCCAUGCUGCAUUCACUCAGGGACGAUCAUACGGGAAGGUGGAAAGACAAUGCCGAGGCGAUGGCGAGGAAGAAUUUCGAGGAUAAUGGGUUUGCGACGUGGUUGAUGGGGUUUAAUGAGCCGGAUAACUGCAUUCCUGACGCAGGCGGGUCUUGUAUCGACGUCCCCACCGCCGUUGCAGGUUGGAAGAAACACAUGGAACCGCUCUCCAACUUCAACAGCGCGAUGUAUCUCGGUUCACCGGCUGUUACCAAUGCCGCGGCCUCUGAUACCACGGGUCUGGGUUGGCUGGCCAAGUUCCUGGAAGCGUGUGAUGGAUGUACCAUUGACUUUAUCAACAUCCACUGGUACAACACCCUCCCCAACUCCGCCCAAAACUUCAAAGACCACAUCGCCAACGCGCGCAAAGUCGCCAAAGGCCUCCCCAUCUGGGUCACCGAGUUCCGCGCCGAGGGUACCGACGACGAGAUCAGGGCCUUCCUCGACGACGUCAUGCCGUGGAUGGAUAAUUCGCAGGAUAUCCAUCGUUAUGCGUACUUCAUGGCGAGACCGGGCAAGGGCAUGCUGGUCAACGAUGCGGGUGAUGGGUUGAGUGAUAUUGGAAAGGAGUUUGCGUUUUUUCAUAAGCAUGAGAGCGGUAACAGCAGCCUCCCCAAAGUCCUCGUCCUCUUCACCGGCGGUACCAUAGCCGGCGGCUCCAUCUACGGCGCGCUUGACGACACGCAAUACGGGCAGCUCAGCCAAACCGGCGAAGACAUCAUAGCACGCAACCCGUACCUGCUCAACAACACGCAACUCGCCGUGUCCAACUGGACCACAGAAGACGAUGGCUCCACCGGCACAAACGACGCUUUAGUCAUGAACAUGACGCGCUUCGCACACGACGCGCUCUGUUCACCAGACAGCGACAUCGUAGGCGCAGUAUACACGCACGGCACGAAUUCGCUCGAAGAAACAGCAUUCCUCAUGGACUCACUGAUCAACUGCGGGAAGCCCAUCGUCGGGACAGGCAGUAUGCGACCCUUCACCCACCUCUCCUGGGACGGAGAAGCGAAUUUCUUCGACGCAGUUAUGCUAGCUGCGAGUCCCGAGUCGCGGAAUAGAGGACUCAUGGUAGCGUUCAACGCACGCAUCAUACCUGGGUAUUGGGUAACGAAGUUGCAUUCGACCAAUCCGGAUGCUUUUGGUCCUACGUCUGGUGGUGAUUUGGGCAUCUUCAUUAACAGUUUACCGGUUUUCUUCAAUACGCCGAGUCAGCCGCUGUGGAAGUACUAUUUCGAUGUUGCGACUGUGAGUGCGUAUCCGACGUAUCCGACGUUGCCCAAGGUGGAUAUACUGUACGCGGCCCGCGAGUUUGAUGGGAAGUUGGUACUGGAUGCGCACGCCAACGGCGCGGACGGUGUUGUUAUUGCUGGGACUGGAAAUGGCGGUGUGCCGAAUGGCGGAGACGAGAUUGCAGAGGCGAUGGAGAAAGGGCUUCAAGUCGUUGUUGGAACCCGCAGUCCGCAUGGGCCGUCGAGUCCAGCGCGAACACCUUCGUUUGCAAAGUCAGGCUUUGUGCAUCCUAUUCAAGCGCGGAUAAUGUUGCAGCUGGCAAUUGCGAGUGGGAUGAAUAUGAAUCAGACGAUUGAUGUGUUUGAAGGGGGGUUCAGGAAGGCCAUUGGACAGCCUUGGAGCCCGGGGAGUUGA